CAGACGACCGACGACGCCAGGUUGUGUUCGGCGGCUAUGACGGAGCGGCGGGGGUCGCCUUUUUGUCCACCGGUGCGGCGGUUGUGAUUCAGGGUAAGAUAAACAUUGAAAACACAAGAUAGUCAGCGCUCGUCCCUCAGCUUGGUGACGGUGACGUCACCGUCUGACUGGCUAGCCAGUUAGCUCGCUGGCUAGCGCGUAUUGACGGUGUUAUCUGCGUCUUUUGGACGAGCAGCGUCACAGCGCCGCAACACUGCGUGUUUGUGCUAAAGUCUUACUGGUUCAUGUUAUGUAAUAAUCUGCAGUCAAUUCGGCCCUGAACAAAAAACACGUACGUUGAGUAAAACGUCAUAUAAGACAGGUACAUCCCCGGUCACGGAGGUAGAUGACUGGGAUAUUUGAUUGCAAUUCAACCGGUUUCUAACAGUUAUCUCGUGUGUCUGCGCGCCGAAAAGAAGUAAGACGUUUUGGUAACUUUAAUAAACAUAAUUUGUGUGCAUCAGUUUAGUUACCACUACGUACUAAAGUGGUUACGUUAAAUUGUCAAUAUUUUAAAGGCCUACUGAAAUGAGAUGUUCUUAUUUAAACGGGGAUAGCAAGUCCAUUCUAUGUGUCGUACUUGAUCAUUUUGCGAUAUUGCCAUAUUUUUGCUGAAAGGAUUUAGUACAGAACAUCCUUGAUAAAGUUCUCAACUUUUGGUGCUGACAAAAAAGCCCUGCCUUUACCGGAAGUUGCAGACGAUGACAUCACAAGUGUGGGGGCUCCUCACAUAUUCACAUUGUUUUUAAUGGGAGCCUCCAACAAAAAGUGCUAUUCGGACCAAGAAAACGACAAUUUCCCCAUUAAUUUGAGCGAGGAUUAAAAAUUUGUGUUUGAGGAUAUUGAUAGCAAAGGACUACAAAAAAAAAACGUGAUUGCAUUGGGACGGAUUCAGAUGUUUUUGGACACAUUUACUAGGAUAAUUCUGGGAAACUACCUGAUAGUCGGAGGUGUGUCUCCACGCGUGUCUUGACGCCAGUGUCUCAGGGGAUUCGACGGCAGCUACGGACGGCACAAGCUCAGCUGAUCUCCGGUAAGAAGCAAAUUGUUACCACAAUUUUGUCACCGAAACCUGCUGGUUGACAUUCCGUCGGGAUUCAUGUACGCUUGACCGCGCUCUGAUCCAUAGUAAAGUUUCACCUCCAGGAAUUUUAAACAAGGAAUCACCGUGUGUUUGUGUGGCUAAAGGCUAAAGCUUCCCAACUCCAUCUUUCUACUGUGACUUCUCCAAUAUUAAUUGAACAAAUUGCAAAAGAUUCAGCAACACAGACGUCCAAAAUACUGUGUAAUUAUGCGGUUAAAGCAGACGACUUUUAGCUGUGUGUGUGUGCAGCGCUCAUAUUUCCUAAAAACCUGUGAUGUCUUGCGUACACGUCAUCAUUACACGUUUUCAAGAUGAAACUCCCGGGAAAUUUAAAAUUGCAAUUUAGUAAACUAAACAGGCCGUAUUGGCAUGUGUUGCACUGUUAAUAUUUCAUCAUUGAUAUAUAAACUAUCAGACUGCCUGGUGGGUAGUAGUGUGUUUCAGUAGGCCUUUAAACGGAGUUCUGAAUUGGGUAUGUGAUGACGACUACUGCUCGCAAAUAGUUAACAGUGUGACUAUUAGACAUUUAAUUUGUUGACUUAUUAUCACACAGUGGCAAACACCAGGAAGUAACCUCUUUCUCUGCAGGUGUUUCUGUCAUGGCGCCUAUCUGCCAGUGUGACGUCACACCGUGACAUCAGCGUUUUUCCCCAGCUCCCAUAUGUCAGGGACAUUGUUUAUCCUGCAUUGACACGCGUGGGCAGCUUGGACAGGAAGUGUCAUCAAGGCGACGUGAUGAUGAUGAUGGUGAUGAUGCUGCUGCUGCACUGUGGUUUUUUUAGGUUUUGAUUUUUGUGAGCUGGAUGAGAAAAUCGAAACCUAAAGAAAAAACAGCGCCGAUGGCGGGGACGUCUUCUUCUGUGCCCAAAGACAGUCCACUUCCUGUGGCUCUGGGAGGGUCACGUGACACUUGUCAUUACAUUUGCUGUCCACUAACUGUCCACUAAGGCAGUGGUUCUCAAAUGGGGGUAUGCGUACCCCUGGGGGUACUUGAAGGUAUGCCAAGGGGUAUGUGAGAUUUUUUUAAAAUAGCAACAAUUCAAAAAUUCUUUAUAAAUAUACUUAUUAGGGGUGUGGAAAAAAAUCGAUUCUCACGUUGUGCAAUUUAGAAUCGAUUCUCUUUUUUUUUUUUUUUUUAUAGAUUUUUUUUGAUAAGUCCAACAAAACAUCCAUCCCGUCCAUUUACUACCACUUAUUCCAUUUGGGGUUAAUACACAGCAAUGCCAUAACAAUGCAAUCCAAUUCCAAAACCAAACCUGACCCAGCAACACUCAGAACUGCAAAUUGAGAGGAGACACAAACACAACACAGAACAAACCAAAAGUAGUGAAACAAAAAUGAAUAUUAUCAACAACAGUAUCAAUAUUAGUUAUAAUUUCAGAAUAGCAGUGAUUAAAAAUCCCUCAUUGACAUUGUCAUUCGACAUUUAUAAAAAUAAAAAGAACAAUAGUGUCACAGUGGCUUACACUUGCAUCGCAUCUCAUAAGCUUGACAACACACUGUGUCCAAUAUUUUCACAACAAUAAAAUAAGUCAUAUUUUUGGUGCGUUUAAAAGUUAAAACACAUUUACAUUAUUGGAAUCAGUUGAUAAAACAUUGUCCUUUACAAUUAUAAAAGCUUUUUUUUUUUUUAUCUUGUACUCUGCCAGCAUGUCAGCAGACUGGGGUAGAUCCUGCAGAAAUCCUAUGUAUUGAAUGAAUACAGAAUUGUUUUGAAUCGGAAAAAAUACCGUUUUUGAAUCGAGAAUCGCGUUGAAUCGAAAAAAUCGAUUUAGAAUCAAAUCGCGACCCCAAGAAUUGAUAUUGAAUCGAAUCUUGGGACACCCAAAGAUUGGCAGCCCUAAUAUUUAUUGAAUGAUACUUGAAGAAAAUAUGAAUGUAAGUUCAUAAACUGUGAAAGAAAUAUACACCAAUGCAAUAUUCAGUGUUGACAGCUAGAUUUUUUUGUGGACAUGUUCCAUAAAUAUUGAUGUUAAAGAUUUCUUUUUUUGUGAAUAAUUUUUUAGAAUAAAGUUCAUGAAUCGAGAUGGAUAUGUAUUAUAAUCCCCAAAGAGGGCACUUUAAGUUGAUGAUUACUUCUAUGUGUAGAAAUCUUUAUAAUUUAAUCACUUUUUUAUUUUUCAACAAGUUUUUUGUUAUUUUUAUAUCUUUUUUUUUCAAAUACCUCAAGAAACACCACUACAAAUAAGCAAUAUUUUGCACUUUUAUACAAUUUAAUAAAUCAGAAACUGAUGACAUAGUGCAGUAUUUUACUUCUUUAUCUCUUUAUUUCAAUUAAAAAUGCUUUGUUCUGAUUAGGGGGUACUUGAAUUAAAAAAAUGUUCACAGGGGGUACAUCACUGAAAAAAGGUUGAGAACCACUGUACUAACGUAUUGUGUGUCUACUAGGGCUGGGUCUAUAAUAUGAUAUCGGUGUAUAUAUAUUGCAAUAAACUUGUAAUUGAUAUAAUAUAAAAAUGUGUUCGAUAAAACGUUUCAUAUAUAUAUAUAUAUAUAUAUAUAUAUUCUGUAUAUAUAUAUAAAUAAAUAUAUGUAUUAUAUAUGUAUUGAAGUUACAAACCAAGGCACACGCGCUCUUGUAAUUUAUAGCAGAACAGGAAUGGUUCACUGAGCAAUGGAAGGGACACAUUAACAACCAAUCAGGUUGUGUCAUCUUUUCAUCUUCCUGUUGAUUUUCUGCAUUGGGUGAAAAAAAAUAAGUAGAAGUGCUACAUGGAUAUUUAUGGAUUUUUUUUUUAAACGGACCAUAUUUCUUAGCAGUGCUUACCUGUUUUCUUUUCAAACCAACAGGGAGGAACUAAAGCGCAGGACAGUAUAAAUAAAAUAAAAAAAGACAAAAUAUAACAAAUGAGUGGCUUUGAAAUAAUAGUAAUUUAGUCCAAUAAUAUUAAAAUAAUCAAAGCCUAACAUAAAUUAAUUUCCAUACUUAAGAAUAACAGAAAUAAAUCCGUAACUUCUAAACCUGCAAAAAAGCUAUUCGUAGGUUUCUUAAUGGUUACAUUCUUCCACUUUAUGAAGCAUUUCUUACACAUUCCUUAUUUAUUUAUUAAAUGUUCAGUGUGCUUUCAGAAUGUUGUUUGUAUUGACUGUUUUUGAUGCUUGUAUUGACGUUUCCUUUCUGCCUUGAUAAGAGGGGAUUACAAUCAGAUGAAUGUUACAUUUCAAAUAAAAAUGUUCACAUUUAAUAUAUUUUUAUCCUGGUCCUUAUUUUCUAUAGGUCAUAACAUAUAAUGAUUAUCAUUAUAGACCCAUAUAGCAUAUAAGUAUACAGUUGUCAACCAUUUCAGCAACUGGUGUUACCGAAAUAAAAUGCGCCUCCAAGGAUUGCAGCGUGACGUGUUUGCGCGCCCCCUGGUGGCCGGUUGCAAAUGCAUCAGCUAACACAGUACGAGGGGGCGUGGCCUCAUCACUUCUGUAGUCAGGUGCACAACGAGCCGGGUCAAAGGUCAUAUUGCCAGAGUCGUGAGAAAACUAACGAGACUGUGACAGGAAGUGGUUCUCGUUGCCCCCCCCCCCCCCACGCCUAAGCUUAUGACUUCAAUUUCAAACCGCGGCAGGUUUCCAUGGCAACGUGUAGCUUUGAGGGACUCGCUGACCGACGCUUCCUUUCGCACACAAAGACAAGAAUGUGUGAAUGGCGUCAUUAAACCCUCAUCCGUCAACUGCGCGCCGGACAAACACCCCCCAAAAAAAACCCAGGGGGGUCACCCUGGGGACUGCCAGGAGGAGACUGUGGCGUGUGAGCGCCACCUGUCACUCACUCCAUGUUCGAAUUCAUGUCCAGCAUACCGUCUGGCCGCCACGUGACUUAUGAUGGACAGCGCGGUUCUGGCAUAGCAACCGUUGCCACAGGCAAGGAGCUCGCUGCCGCCCCCUACCGGACAGGCAGAACGCGCCAUAGAAAAACCACGUGACGCGUGUCAGCGCUGCACGUGUCAAAGGACGGGAAGCGGACCACAUGUUUGGACAGAUGUUCUGUAGAACAUCUGGACCUGAUUUUCAGUCAGUGGGAAAACACCUCUGAGAGGGUGGUCCUCUACCUGCCCCUCCCCCCCAAACCCCCUACACAAAUCAUUUUUUGAGCGCUAAAGGGUUAAAACUCGAGAUGACCUGACCCCGCCCCCUCGGACGAGACCCUCGGCUGCAGGACUUGAUCACUGCACUCCAAAACCCACUGGGACCGAACAAGGACCACUUCAGCUGUUUGAUUGACAGGCUUGUCAUGCAUCGGGCAGUGUGACGUCACCAGCGUCAUGGAGGUUCCGCUGCUCCUGAUGAUGAUGAUGGUGGUGAUGACGUCACAGGUGUUUGGCGCCUACACGGUUGAACGCCGCCAUGACAAUUCGCUUCACAGAGUCAGCAAACGUUACACCAUCAACCCUCUGGGACAAAAGUGGACGCACGUCAACAUCACGUACAGGGUGGACAAGUUCCCCAACACGCUGAGUGUGGACGACACCAGGAAGGCCAUCAGCAUCGCCUUCGCCAAGUGGAGCGACGUGUCGCCGCUGAGCUUCGCGGAGGUCACCAACGCCAGCGCCGACAUCGCCAUCGGUUUCUACACCUUCAACCACUCUGACUGUUGGCAUUCGCCGCUCCACCCGUGCUUCGACGGGCUGAAUGGCGAGCUGGCGCACGCCUUUCUGCCGCCGCGCGGAGAGAUCCACUUCGACAACCACGAGUUCUGGAUCCUGGGGAAGUCCAGGUUCAGCUGGAAACAAGGCGUGUGGCUCAACGACCUGGUCCAGGUGGCGGCGCACGAGAUCGGCCACGCCCUGGGACUGUGGCACUCCAGGGACCCGCGCGCCCUCAUGCAUCCCAACGCCACCUACACGGGCCAGCGGAACGUCGGACAGGAUGACGUGUGGGCCAUCCAGAGGCUCUACGGCUGCGAGGAUAAGAAGCGCGUGUGCGAGGCGUGGGCCCGUCUGGGCUUCUGUGAGCGCAGGAAGUGGUUCAUGAAGAAGAACUGUCCUCGCCGCUGCGACCUCUGCUUUGAGCCCUUGGAAGCGGUCGCCACGCCGACGCCGCCCCCGGCUAACGUCAAGGUGAAGAUGGUGCCACGCGGGAAGGUGGUGGGCUUCCGCUGCGGUACCAAGAACCCCCGCGCCACACCCAAAGUCAGCUGGUACAAAGAUGGAGAGCGGAUCGCGGCGUCCAUCGCGGGCUACAUCGUGGUCAAAGGGCGGGACCUCCGCAUCGUGGCCAACGAGUUCAACGAGGGCGUGUACACCUGCCGCAUCCAUCGCCGUGGCGACGCAGUGUCCGUCAACUCGUGGAGCAUCCGCCUGAAGCCGGAAGAAACGUCCAACAGCUGAGAAUCUUUGGGCACCUAAAUAUUCCAUCCGAGUCCGAUUCCCAGAGUGACGAUUCAAUUCAGAAUCGAUUCUUGACUCAAACUAAUUCUCGCAAUGUAUCAUUUGGUAUAAUAUUUCUAAUUCAAACUUUUUCAAAACAGGUUACAGGUUAGAAAAACUCCCAAAAACUUAUUUUUUUAAAUGGAUUAUCACUUAAAAAAAAUAUGAAUAUUUUUUUAAUCGAUUUUUAAAAAUGACGUAACAAUUUAGAAUGGGGAUGAAUAAACCCCAUUGACAACAUGAUUUGCCAUUUAAUCUAGUUUUUACAAUGUAGUAUUUGGUAUAAUUAAUAUGAAACUUUUUCAAAACGGGUUACAGGUUAGAAAAGCUCCUAAAAACUUAUUUUUAAAAAUUGAUUAUCAUUAAGAGAAUAUAUGAAUAAUUUUUUUAUCAAUUUUUAAAAAUUAUCAAUUUAGAAUGGGGAUGAAUAAACCCCAUCAACAACAUAAUUCUCCAUUUAAUCUAGUUUUCGCAAUGUAGUAUUAGGUAUAAUUACAACAAAACUUUUUCAAAUCGGGUUACAGGUUAGAAAAGCUAUAAAAAUGUAUCUUUGAAAAUUGAUUCUUGCAUAAAAACUGUAACAUUUUUGAAAAUACUAAUUUAGAAUCGGGAUGAAUGAACAGGAUCAACAACAUGAUUCGCGAUUCAAACUAAUUCCAGCAAUGUAUUAUUUCGUAUAAUAACUAAAAAAACAUUUUCAAAACAGGUUACCAGUUAGAAAAGUUAUAUAUACGGCUUUUUUAAAAUAUUUUUUUUCAGUUUUAUUUUUUGAUUAUUAUUGAUUUUGGGAAAUUGUGAAUCGAUUUAGAAUUGGGAUCAACAACACUAUUCUUGAUUCAAACUAAUUGUCAUAAUGUAUAAUUUGUUAUAAUUGUAAUGAAACUUUCAGAACAGGUUAAAAAAAGCUCAUAAACAUAUUUAAAAAAAUGAAUUCACACUUACAAAAAGGAUUACUUUAUUUUAGAUUGCGUCUUAAAAUAUAUGAAUCAAUUUAAAAUCGGGAUGAAUAAACCUGAUCAACAACACGAUUCUCACAAUGUAUUAUUUGGUAUAAUAAUUGUAAUAAAAUGUAAUAAAACUUUUUUAAAACAGUUUGUAGGUUUGUAGGUGAAAAAACAUUUUUUUAAAUUGAUUCCCGUAAAAAUAUAUAUACUUUUUUUUUUUUAAUCGAAUUUUGAAAAUUAGGUAUCGUUUUAGAAUCGGGAUGAAUAAACACGAUUUUCAAUUCAACCUAAUUUUCACUACGUAUUAUUCGGGAUAAUAAUUGUAACACAACUGUAUAAUGAAAUGUUUUAAAACAGGUUAGAAAAGCACUUAAGCAUUUUCAAAAUCUUAUUCUUGUAAAAAUGUUUUUAAUUUUUUCAGAAUGAAUUUUGAAAAUACCUAAUCGAUUCAGAAUCGGGAUGAAUAAACAGGAUCUACAACAUGAUUCCCGAUUCAAAUUAAUUGUCAAUGUAUUUUUUGGUAUAUCAAUUGUAAUACAACUUUUCAAAACAGAUUACAGGUUAACAAAGCUAUAAAAAUGUAUUUUUUUAAAUCGAUGCUUAUAAAAAAUACAUUUUUUUAAUCAAUUUUUGGAAAUUACGAUUCGAUUUAGAAUUGAGAUUUAUAAACACGAUCAACAACUCAAUUUUCGAUUCAAACUAAUUCUCACGCUGUAUUUUUUAAUAUAUUUAUAAUGAAAAUAUUCAAAACAGGUUACAGAUAUGAAAAAUUAUUUUAAAAAAUGGAUGCUUCUAAUUAAAAUACAUUUUUUAAAUCGAUUUUUAAAUAUUAUGAAUCGGUUUUAGAAUCGGGAUGAAAAAACAAUUAUCGAGUCAAACUGAAUCUGAAUGUAUUUUUUGGUAUAAUUGUAAUACAACUUUUUAAAAGAGGUUACAAGUUAGAAAAGCUACAAAAACAUCUUUAAAAAUGGAUGAUUAUAAUUAAAAACAAUUAUUUUUAAAUCCAUUCUUGAAAAUUAUGAAUAGAGUUAGAAUCACAAUCAACAACACGAUUCUCGAGUCUAGGUAUUCCCCUGUUUUUUUUUGGUAUAAUUGUAAGAAAACUUCAAAAUAUGUUGCAGGUUAGAGAAGCUAUAAAACAAAUUUGUUUUUUUAAAUGAAUGCUUAUUAAAAAAUUUAAUAUUUUCUUUAAAUACACUUUUGGAAAAUAUGAAUUGAUUUAGAACAGAAAUAAUAAAGACGAUCAACUACACAAUUCUCAAUUCAGGCAAUGUAUUAUUAAGUAUAAUAAGUAUCUUACAAUAAUACUUUUUUGUAACAGUUUACGGGCUACAAAAGCUCCUAAAAAUUUUUUUUUUGAUUAAUUCUUACAAAAAAAUGUGUUAAUCUUUUUUUUUUUUAAAUAACGCAUUGAUUUAGAAUUAGGACAAAUAAGAAUCGUAAUCUGGAUGUGAAUCGAUGUUUUCGUGCAUCCCCUAUAGCGGACCGCGUGUUCUCAUGAAAAGUAACUGAGGUCAAAAAAGUAAAAAAAAAAAUACUUGUUAGCUACAUCGUUGAAGUCAUGUGACCUCAUGUCUAGACUCUUUGCUACCUCCAAGUAUCAAAUAUUUACCUCUUCCCAUCCGCUUUUACUUCCUUUAUGAGCGAAGCCGGCAAACAUUUGGUCGCUCCGUCGUCAUGGAGGCCUUUCUGUGCGCCUCGGCCCCAAUAAAACGAGGAUCGACAAAAACUUUGGCCGUACGGAAGCAGGACAGUCAAGAUGUUACCAUGGCAACGGGACCUAUCUUGUGUCCGUUUUUUUUUUUUUUUAAACUAAAAGCGGCAUUUUCCAACAUUGCAAUGCCAUCAAGCGUGGCGUGAUGACGUCAUCCCUGGAAAACGGGGGAGCUGUCACACAAACGGCGCCCCCUGUUGGGCGUGGAGACGAGAGCGUGGCGGCUGUGUUCAGGUGAAAACUUUAUUGUCACUCUCAAACACACGCACAUUCAUUUUGUUCCUCAGAACACACAGACGCACUUUGACCCCGCCCCCUGUCUGGACUGAUAAGGGGCCAAUCAGAGGGGGGCGGGGCUUAGGCACAUGUAAACACAGGCACAAACAGUGACAAGGUCGGCGGCGGCGACACGUUGAAUAAACACGAAGAGCGGGAGAGAGCAUCUGUGCACGUGCGUUGUAAGAAAAGGUGUGUGUGUGUGGGAGGGGGGUUUGGGGGGGGGGGUCGCAGGUCAAAGUUCAGGAAUGUUUUGGUUGGUCAGCGAGUGUGAUGUCAUCACUACAUGCCCAUCCUGAUGCUCUGGAUGAUCUGGAAAAUGGCUGCAGACAAAAAAACAAUGUUUAUAUUGUGAUGGACUUUGUAAAGUUAGCUUGACAUGGCACAGCUUGACAUCACUGACAUACCCAAGCCCUGCCCAAGUGUCGUCGCAACACAAGGACGGGGCAGCAUGCAUGGACUUUAAAGGCCUACUGAAACCCACUUCUACCCACCACGCAGUCUGAUAGUUUAUAUAUCAAUGAUGAAAUAUUAACAUUGCAACACAUGCCAAUACAGCCUUUUUAGUUUACUAAAUUGCAAUUUUAAAUUUCCCGGGAGUUUCGUCUUGAAAACGGUUUGUAAUGAUGAGGUGUACGCAAGACGUCACGGGUUUUUAGGAAAUAUGAGCGCUGCGCACACACACAGCUAAAAGUCGUCUGCUUUAACGGCAUAAUUACACAGUAUUUUGGAGACCUGGGUCGCUGAAUCUUUUGCAAUUUGUUCAAUUAAUAUUAGAGAAGUCAAAGUAGAAAGAUGGAGUUUGGAAGCUUUAUCCUUUAGCCACACAAACACAUGGUGAUUCCUUGUUUAAAAUUCCUGGAGGUGAAACUUUCCUAUGGAUCAAAGCGCGGUCAAGCGAACAUGAAUCACGACGGAAUGUCAACCAGCAGGUUUCGGUGAGAAAAUUGUGGUAAAAAGUCACUUCUUACUGGAGAUCAGCUGAGCUUGUGCCGUCCAUAGCUGCCGUCGACUCCCCUGAGACACUGGCGUCAAGAAACCCGUGGAGACACACCUCCGACUAUCAGGUACUGUUAAACUCACUAAAACACUAGCAACACAAUAGAAAGAUCAGAAAUUUCCCAGAAUUAUCCUAGUAAAUGUGUCUAAAAAUAUCUGAAUCCGUCCCAAUGCAAUGGCGUUUUUUUUUUUUUAACUUUUUUUUCUUUCUAGUCCGUCGCUAUCAAUAUCCUCAAACACAAAUCUUUCAUCCUCGCUUAAAUUAAUGGGAAAAUUGUAGUUUUCUCGGUUGGAAUAGCACUUUUUGUUGGAGGAUCCCACUAAAAUCAAUGUGAAUGUGUGAGGAGCCCCCACACUUGUGACGUCAUCGUCUGCGACUUCCGGUAAAGGCAGGGCUUUUUUGUCAGCACCAAAAGUUGCGAACUUUAUUGUGGAUGUUCUCUACUAAAUCCUUUAAGCAAAAAUAUGGCAAUAUCGCGAAAUGAUAAAGUAUGACACAUAGAAUGGACCUGCUAUCCCCGUUUAAAUAAGAAAAUCUCAUUUCAGUAGGCCUUUAAAAAAAACAUUUUUUAAAACUUUCGAGGCUGGAAAAUGCCAAUGUGCGAUGUAUAUCUUUCUGUCUUGUGUCAUUUCCUGAGAACUUACCAGAACCGCAGACCACAAAGACGAAGAGCGCCAGCAGCCAAGGUCCGACACCUUUCUCCUCAGUCAGGUUCCUCUGAAAGAAUAACAAGUCCCAUUGCCAUGACGACGUCUGUGUUUUUAAAGUCAUCAAUCGAUUAUUUUCGAUCAGCGAGGGAACGCCUGUUCCAUCUGGUACAGGUUUGGCUGGUCGGACUCACAUUGGACUUGGCCACGUUGCCCCGCUGAGUGAUGUUCUUGCUGUGCUUCUCGUUAGCCAUUCGGAUCCUCUGCUUGGCCACCAUCUUGUCUUCUUGUCGGGCCUACAAAGCGCUGGUUAGUGGUCUAGUUAACUAGUUAGCCGGGGAGCUACGUUUGUUUGUUUGUUUGGUCCGCUCGACGCUGGAAGUGAGAACUCCUCUCGCCUGU